ACUACACACCUUAGUUCUGCUCCUGUCACCCGUCUUUACUCAUGUUGCGCUCUGGGAUUUCUUCUGCUCUACACGCGGGCAUCAUGCAGCUGAAGUCAGAAGCUUUUAAAGACUUUCUUCACAGGUUUUGAUCCAAACAUAUCAUAUUUAACAUGUGGGAGUUCCCGAGGACUCGUUACGCGGACAGUAACGGCUCAGAGGCGAGUGAGGAGACGGAGAUUUCUGUGAAUAUCGGUGGUGUCAAGCACAUUCUCUACGGGGACGUGCUGAACCGAUAUCCCGAGACGCGUUUGGCGGAGCUGGUGAACCGAGCCACGGAUUCCACACAUGAAGAUCUCUGUGCGCUCUGUGAUGACUACGACGACUUAAAGCGAGAAUUUUACUUCGACAGAGACCCAGAGGCCUUCAAAUGCAUCCUAGAGCUGUAUUACUACGGAGAGAUUCAUAUGAAGCGAGGAAUCUGUCCCAUGCGCUUCAUGAAAGAGAUGGACUAUUGGGGGGUAGACGCGGAGUAUCUGGAUGAAUGCUGUAUAAGUAGUUUAAAUGAGGUGCAAACCGAGCUGGCAGAAAUAGCAGAGAAGGUCAAGACCAUCCUGGAUGACCUGGAGGACGAUGUGAGGGUCACUAGAGGUCAGAAGUGUCAAGCGUUCCUGUGGAAACUCAUGGAGAAACCAGAGUCCUCUUUAGCCUCGCGCGUAAUCGCAGUGGUGUCGUUCGCGUUCAUCCUGCUCUCCUCUGUGGUCAUGUGCGUGGGAACCAUCCCGGAGCUGCAAGUGCAAGAUGCCCAGGGUAACCUUGUGGAACACCCGGCCCUUGAGUCCAUCGAGACGGCUUGCAUCAUCUGGUUCACCCUGGAAUACAUUUUGCGUUUCCUGUCCUCUUCGAACCAGUUGCGCUUUGUGUUUUCCUUCAUGAAUAUAAUAGACUUUCUAGCCAUCAUGCCGUUCUACGUGGUGUUGAUUCUUACGCAUUUGGGCACUGCUAUCAUGGAGCUCGCCAACGUCCAGCAGGCAGUGCAGGCGUUGCGGAUCAUGCGCAUUGCGCGCAUUUUCAAACUCGCGCGCCACUCAGCAGGUCUGCAAACUCUUACAUUCGCACUCAAAAGCAGCUUGAAAGAGCUGGGUCUGCUGCUCAUGUACAUGAGCGUGGGGAUUUUCCUGUUUUCCGCGCUGGGGUACACACUGGAGCAGAGCCACCCGGAGACCAUGUUCACCAGCAUCCCACAGUCCUUCUGGUGGGCUGUCAUUACUAUGACCACUGUGGGUUAUGGAGACAUCUAUCCUAAAACAACGCUUGGCAGGUGUAACGCGGCUGUCAGUUUUCUAUGUGGCGUAAUAGCUAUAGCGUUGCCAAUCCACCCGAUUAUUAACAACUUCGUCAUUGUUUACAGUAAGCAACGUGUGCUAGAAACCGCUGCCAAGCAUGAGAUCGAACUCAUGGCGUUACGCGCUAAGGAGGAAGCGCAGGGGUGUAUGGAGGCUGGAAGAACAGCUUCGGCUGGCAGCAGCUCGGUGUGGGAUAGCGCUGCUGUGAGCGCGUCCCAGAGUGACACAUAUAUCCCGUUACUUGGUGAUCCAACAAAUGUGUCCAAAAGCCAACCUGCCCACAAAUGCCAGAACAACUAGAGAGUGAUUUGCGCUUGUCCUCUGUCAAUACUUCAGAAUAACUAAUUCGCAAAUAAUCAAUAUGAACAGUACACUGUGAUUAGAGUAUGGAAAACGGCUAAACUCGUUCAAUAUUCCUUAAACUCUAUCUGUCUAUCUAUCUAUCUAUCUAUCUAUCUAUCUAUCUAUCUAUAUUUAUUAAUAUCUAUCUGUCUAUCUAUCUAUCUAUCUAUCUAUCUAUCUAUCUGUUUAGAUAUGUAGUUGAUGUAACUCUAACCCUCUGCUCAACAAUAACUCGUUUCAUGUCAGUAAUCAAAUCUUCAAGCUUUUAACAUAAAAUGGCUUUUUAUCAGGUUUAGUCCCCUUUUAUUAAUAUGCCUACAUAGUAGCUAUGCUGUAGGUAAGUGUAUACACUCCCAAGACUCUUUUCAGAAAAUGACUCAAAAAAUGGGUUACUAAGAGUCAAUGCAACUAUCAAAACAAAGCUUUAUCAAUAAACAUUAAAGUAAAACAAUAGAGAAGUCAAUUAAAGGGGAUGAUCAUAUAUGUUAGUAAAAUGUAUUCAAAAAUCAUUAAGUGUAUUGAAAUCAAUCAUUUAAAUCUUACACACAUCAAAGGCUUCAAGACUCCUUGUCUCUGAAGACAUCUUACAGUAAUGAGAAUAUCUGACUGGUCUCUUAACUGAACAAGCCUGAAGGAAGAAAAAUGACUUGAAUUUAGAGCACUCUGAAUCACAACCUAAUUUGUAUACAUUUUUGUAACAUUUUUUCAAUGAUCUUUUAAAAUAAAAUGACUGUGUGUCUGUAUUACUUUUCUUUCAACAUUAAACAGUUCUCCUCUUUCAUUUAUGUAGCCAUUUUGCAUUAAACGACAGCAAAUGA